AGUCUAUCACACCUGACCGAAUCUGUUCGUCAGCCAUCAACCAUCGACAUCUAGGAGCAGCCUUCGUACGACAGUUGCCCAGCAUGUCGCUCGUCUCCGGGGAGAAGUCGAACUUCCAGUUCAUUCUCCGUCUUCUGAACACCAACGUUCGUGGUCAGGAAAAGGUCAUGUACGCGCUCACCAAGAUUGGUGGUGUCGGUCGUCGUUACUCCAACAUUGUGUGCAAGAAGGCCGAUGUCGACCUGAACAAGCGCGCCGGUGAGCUCACCUCCGAAGAGCUCGAGCGUAUCGUCACCAUCAUCCAGAACCCCACCCAGUACAAGAUCCCCUCGUGGUUCCUCAACAGACAGCGCGACAUCGUCGACGGCAAGGACAGCCAGAUCCUCGCCAACGGCGUCGCCUCCAAGCUCCGCGACGAUCUCGAGCGCCUCAAGAAGAUCCGCGCCCACCGCGGUCUCCGUCACUACUGGGGUCUCCGCGUCCGCGGUCAGCACACCAAGACCACCGGCCGCCGCGGCCGUACGGUCGGUGUGUCCAAGAAGAAGGGUGGUUAAGCGUGUGGCUUCUGAUGAUGAAAAUUUGGGUCGUGCGGUGGCAAGGAACAAUAGGCGGCGUGAUACGGCUGGUUUUCUCUCCAUCUCAUCACUCGUGAUGAUACUCUACUGCUGCAUUACAACAAGGGGAUUGCUAUUCUGCGCAGGAUGGUGGCGUCUCUAGAUAACGAAUCGGAAAGAGUUCCAUCAUACCAAAACAACAAAAAGCUAAAAAAGUACACGGCGUUUCUGGGUGACGACGUGACGUGAUUUUUCUACACACG